UCAGCAGUGAGUGGGAAAGGAAGCGAAGCUGAAACGAGCCACUUAAGGAGGUUGAUGGAAAACUUCAACUACACUUACAACAGCUUCACACUCCAACUUGAGGGGAUAGAUGUCUCUGAGGAGUCUCUGUACCCUGUCUUUCUCUUCUUCCUCUUCUCCUACCUGUUUAUAAUGGUUGCAAAUGUGGGUAUUGCUGUUCUGGUUUUCAUUGACAAGAACCUCCACCAGCCUAUGUAUCUUCUUUUUUGCAACCUGCCCUUCAAUGAUAUUCUUGGAAACUCUAUCAUGGUUCCUCGUUUGCUUUCAGAUAUUUUGCUGCCUCCAUCUGAGCGCCUCAUCAGUUAUUAUGAAUGUGUUGUUCAAGCUUUUACCACACACAUGUUUGGUACCACCAGUCACACAGUGCUCAUGAUUAUGGCCUUUGACAGAUAUGUGGCCAUUUGCAAUCCCCUGCGCUAUUCUUCCAUAAUGACCAACAAAAUGGUGAUCAAGUUGACAGUUUCUGCCUGGGGAGUGGCCUUCAUUUUGGUCGGGAUUCUACUCGGUCUGACCAUACGGCUGAACCGAUGCAGGACUAUGAUCACAAACCCUUUCUGUGACAAUGCCUCCUUGUUUAAGCUCUCCUGUGAGAAUGUGUUCAUUAAUAAUGUCUAUGGCCUCACUUUCACUGUAGUCCUGUUCACAGGUUCUAUAGGCAGCAUGGUUUUCACCUAUACUAAGAUUACAGUGGUCUGUUUGACCAGUAACAACAAGUCUUUAAACAGUAAAGCCUUGAAGACCUGCAGCACCCACCUGGUUGUGUAUCUGAUCAUGGUGUUUAGUGGAAUGUCUAUCAUUACUCUUCAUCGUUUCCCCCAGUACUCAGACUUCAGAAAACUCUGCAACAUUUUAUUUCAUAUCAUCCCUGGCAGCCUCAACCCCAUUAUUUAUGGUGUGCAGUCCAAGGAGAUACGAAAUUUGUUGUCCAAGUCCAAGAAAGUUUUGCCAUCAUAAUUAAGGGAAUUUCCACGUUCUUUUUCUGAAUUUUCAAUAACUACACAGAAUAUGAAAUAAUCAAACUACCUUAGCCUCUUCCAUAAGUGUAUAAGCACUCAUUAUGAUCACUUGCUAUGUUACAGCUCAGUAAUAAGUGUUAAUCUUUGACAUCUAUUUUAUAUGGACAAUACAUAUGUGAGGAACUUGUAAUAUCUAAAUAAAAGGUUACUUUCUGCUGUCAUAGUUACAGCAGUAGUUAUCCUGGAAACACAGUUGGUAAUUUUUAAAUAAUAACCAUAAGUUGUGUUUAAAUAAAAAGAAAUAAAAAAAUACACAAACAGAUAAACAAA